AUGGCUUCAGGAAACAGGAAAUAUUCUGCAGUGGGAGCUCAAAACACGUUUUGCCCUGAAGGUGGAAUCUUCCUGCAUGGAUUCCUCAUCAAGUCACCACCUCUUCAACUUUUCAACUCACAGAAAUCCUGGAAAAGGCGUUUUUUCAUCCUGUCCAAAUCCAGCAAGGGCAAUUACAUCCUGAAGUAUCUAAAAGGCCAGAGCGUGAAAGGCUCCAUAGCUGUUGAUGAGAUUGUAAAAGUUGAAAUUGGAAUAAGUAGUUCCGAAAUCAUGGCAACGGUGAAGAAGAUGUUCAGAUGCUUUUCUGAAGAGGUGAUGUCCAUCACUACUGGAAACAGAUGUUACUACUUCAUUGGGAAGAGCAGCCAGGAAAUAGAGAACUGGGUCACUGCGAUAUCUUCAAUCAAGAAGGCCAAAAAAGAUGAACACUGCCCUCAGAACCAAGAUCUUGCAAAUCGAGAAGUCAAAAGCCGUCCCUGCUCUUUGCCAUUAUUAUUGGAUUCUGUAGAUGUGACCAAUUUCCUGGAAAGGCAAAGCUACGUGGAGGAUGAUGGUCCCUCAGAAGACAGGAACAGGCCUAAUUCAGAUCCUGGCCCUCAUCAGGCUCAGAAUGACUCACUGAGAGUUUUUCCAAACCUGGAUAAAACUCUAAGAAAGAGUGAUGAAAAUUCGCUGUCGUCGAAUUCAGAUGAAGACAUCAAAAAGGAAGAGGAAGCUUAUUACCAAACUCCCAGCAAUCUUUUAGCAAAGUGCAAUGCUGAAGUAUCUAAACCCAAGCCUAUAGAUGAAUCCCAUGUCCCUGUGCCAAAGAAUACAUGGCAGAGGAAGCCAGUAAAGGAGAAUGUCUAUGUGUCUAUGGAAUCACUGUAACUCACGUGCAGACAUGAUACGCCCCCUACUCCUCCCAGACGCUGGGGAAACAGUGCAUGUCCAAGAGACUUGGAGGCAAACAGAGACCUAAAACUCCCAGGAAACAGUACCACACAGCAGUCCACCCUCCCAAGAACGCACAAUUCAUCACCACUUUCAGUGGUUCAGUUGUCUAUCCUGCUCAGUCAAGUUACAGAUGAGACGCAACUGCAGGAGUUGGAUAUUUUCAUCCCCCUGGCUGACAUUAACAGUUACCUACAACUUACCGAAGCAGCAGGACAAAUAUGUGUCUCACAGUGGACUGGUCCUUCCCAGCUGGGAUGUUUAUUUAACCACGGAGACCGUAUAGUGGCUGUGAAUGAUCUGCACCCUCAGAACUUGGAGGAGGCCUCCUUGUUCAUCAGCAGGUCCAUGAGAAAGGAGGUGAAACUUACUGUAUGUAGGAUUCCACAUUCAGAUACUUUCCAUGUUAAAGGCUGCUCAUGUUCCUGAAAAAAGACAACAAUAACGAAUGGCGUUCAAAGGCCUGCUUGUGCUGAAUUCUGCAUAAAGACUGAGGGAAACCCCAGUUCUGGAACAGCAGAGACUGAAAAUGGAAGAAAAGAAAUUCCUUAGGAGCCUUCCUCCAAAGUUGCUGUGGGAUUCCUUUGCUCUGGGCUGUCUCUCCGAGCCCAACAAAUCCCCUUCUGCCUAAGGAGUCUGUGAGGAUGCCAAGGGCAUCGCUGUACGGGGCACUGCCAGCUCCGUAACCAUGUCGGCCUGCUCGAACAGGCCUCUAGGCCGGAAUCCUAAAACCAUGAAUCAUCUAGGUCAAGAGUACCCACCGAUGACGUGUCCCUUGACUUUUCUGACUGAGGCUUGCCUAAACUCUUCUUCUGAACUUUAGAAAAGGCCAAGCCUUCCUGUCUUGUUCCAAGACUCAUCUGGCUGUAUAAUUAAGAUUUUUCUUGCGUGUUUUCAGCAGGCAGGGGGAAUUGCUCCACUGUUUCCACAGAAGUCUUUAUUCUGGAAGAUAUUUUUUGUGCCUGUUCUUCCUUCCAUUUUUUAGACCAAAUAUCCUGCAUUCUUUCAGCAUUUUUUCCCAAACAUUUCAUGUAACCUUUCUUGUGUCGCUGACCUGCAAAACAAAUACCUCCUUUUUCCAGUUAUGGGUGAACAAAGAGGUGAGACAGUCUUAAAGCAAUUUCCUGAAACUUUGUAUAGAAACAUUUCCAAGAAGAGAUGAACAAAGAGAAGCUCUAGACUGUACGUAGUGGUGAGAGGAAAGCCAGGGCCACAGAACCUGCAUGUGGCAUUGCUGCUGAAGCAGACGUUGAGCAACAUAUGCUGCACCCCUCAGCCAUGGAAGAAUGCUACUUCUGGAAAAAAAUACGAUUUGGGUAGAGAUAUCAAGCACGAGACAAUUCCAGAGUAUUUCAGAAAACUGGGCGGUUACUUCUGUAAACAGUUACUGAUGUGUUACAUUAAUCGAUCCUUAUGUCAGUUUGCAGUAUGAUAAAUGCAGAUAAUUAAUGUUACAUAUUGGCUGAUUCACAACACUUGCUAGAUAUACAACAUGGAAGUGACAUCGGU